CUCUCUCAGCCGCAGCCUUCGCUCUCUCAGCCAAAGCUCUCUCCCUCCGUUUAUCUUUCUUCUCUCUAUCGGACUCCCUCUCUCCGUUUAUCUCCUGCGAUUGUCGGCGGCGGAGUCCCCAAAAUCUCUGUUCUCUCGGUGUUGGUGGUUUUGCUCGUGUUAGGGUUUCCAAAUUUCAUCGCUGGCUGAGACCGGAUCUAGUUGGAGCUCACAAUCUCUGCAUCUGAUUUUAUACCAUUAAAUACUUUUUCUUUUGGUGGAAUUAGAGAGGUGGGUAUUGGGUAAUGAGAGGAUGGCUAGCAAUGGUUUAAAGAGCAUUUUGGCUGUUGCGAUUUCAAAAGGGGUAACAGAGGCAAGAGCAAAUAUAUUUGGUCAUGUUCUAAACCCGACCGGCCAAAGAACUUCCCACAAGAUUUUGCGCAAGAGGCUCAUUGGUGAGAAAGUUGCUCAAUGGUAUCCAGAUAACUACAUGAGUGAACAUCCUCAUAUCUUGGCUCGGAAAGAACAAGAGCGCUUAUCAAAGCUUGAAAUGUUGAAGCGUCGAGGAAAGGGACCGCCCAAGAAAGGUCAGGGCAAGCGUGCUGCAAAACGUAAUAAAUAGAGAUGAUAUAUUGAAAUUCAGUUGAAAACAUUUCUUAGGUAUUUUGAAUAGACAGAGUACUAAUAGCCAAAAGUUAAGAAUUUCAGUGCUGCUUUCUUGAUCUCAUGGCAUGUUGAUUUUCUUCUCGCUCAAGUGAAAUGUGGUGCAAUUUGUAAUUUGCAUGAGCAAUAAUAUACCGGUGUGGUGAGGUAAAUCAAA